AUGCACGCCGGCCGAACUUAUAUAGUGACCGGCGGCUCAUCGGGAAUGGGCCUCGCUGUCGUCAAAAAGCUCCUGGGGCUAUCAGCCACAGUUCACGCCAUUGACAAAGCCGGACAGAUGCCGACUAUCGACUCCGAGCGACUUCACUUCCAUCCCAAUAUCGACAUCAGCUCGCACGAAAAAGUGACACAAACUUUCCAAUCAAUCAUACAACAAUCCCCAGUGAUCAGCGGCCUAGUCAACUGUGCAGGCAUUCUGCUCCCCUCCAGCAUCCUCGAACCAGUGGAGAACUUCAACAAAGUGAUGGCAGUUAACGUCGGCGGAACGUGGAAUAUAGGCACGGCGUACCUGCGCUAUGUCUUGGAGCAGCACGCAGACACCAUCAGCAGGGCGAAGGAAGGAUCAGUCCAGA